AAAGUUUCACAAUUAUCUCUACGGCCGACAUUUCAUCAUCAACAAUGAUCACAGACCCCUAGAGACACUUUUCGGAGGACGAAAAUCAUUUUCUACUAUGGCUUCAGGGCGUAUUCUACGUUGGUCGCUAACACUUUCAGCUUACGAUUAUGAGUUCAAGUACAAGCCAGGUGCUCAGAUACCUCAUGCUGAUGCUUUCAGUCGAUUACCAUUGCCGGACACUCCGUCAACUGUUCCUAUGCCCGCUGAGACCAUACAUCUCCUCAAUUUUCUUUCAUCUGCACCCAUAACACCCACGGUGAUUGCAGACCAAUCUGCCCGUGAUUCUGUGCUGUCAAAAGUACUGCGUUAUCUUGAGUUGGGAUGGCCUGACACAAUUGAUGAUGACCUGCGCCCCUACCAUAACCGUAGAAAUGAAUUAAGCCUGGAACGUGGAUGUGUCCUCUGGGGCAACAGAGUUGUCAUCCCAAGGAAUCUUCAACCUGAAGUCCUUGAAAUGCUCCACGAAGGGCAUGUUGGUAUUGUAAAGACAAAGUCCUUUGCAAGACGAUACGUCUAUUGGCCAGGCAUAGACAAAGAUAUUGAACAAACUGUUCGGGUUUGCAACACUUGUCAGAGCACAAGACCUCCUCCAGGUCCUGCACCAUUACAUCCUUGGGAGUUUCCCAGUCGUCCAUGGAGUCGUGUUCAUGUUGAUUAUGCAGGGCCUUUACCGGGUAACAAGAUGGUCCUCGUGAUCAUUGAUGCACACUCAAAGUGGAUUGAUGCAUUUGUCACUGGAACUGCCACCUCAUCUGCUACAAUUGAAAAAUUGAGAAUUUCAUUCUCUACUCAUGGUCUUCCUGACACRGUAGUCUCCGAUAAUGGCACAUGCUUUACUAGCAAGGAGUUCAAGGACUUCAUGGAACAGAAUGGAGUUCGACACAUAACAGUAGCUCCGUACCAUCCAUCUUCAAAUGGCCUUGCUGAGAAAGCUGUCAACAUAGUAAAGGAUGGACUUAAGCACUCUGAUGGAACUCUAGAAAGCAAGUUGCUGCGAKUAUUGUUYAAAUACCGYGCUACACCUCACACGACUACUGGGGAAACACCUUCAAAGCUUUUGAUGGGCCGUGAAUUAAAGACACCACUUGAUAAUUUACGUCCAAACCUAAACAGCAAAGUUGAGAGUAAGCAACAACAACAGAAAGAACAGCAUGACAAGAGAGCUGUUCAAAGAGUUUUCUCUGUUGGAGAUCUURUUUAUGCAAGAAACUUUGGAAGGGGUGACRCAUGGUURCCUGGCCUUUUGGUCGCACAGACAGGCCCAGUGUCGUUUGUAGUCGAGUUGCUUCAAGGUGGUCUGGUCAGAAAGCAUCAAGACCAGAUCCGUAUGCGCUUCACUAAAGACACUGCAACACCAGGUCCCUUUCAGCUUCAGGAGAAACAGCUUCCUUUGCCAGAAGUUAGAGAUGCUCCAAUUGUGCCAAAUGCACCCAUGAUCUGCCCACCUACAGUGGAGGUUUCUACAAGUAUUGACUCGGGUACUUCAACAGACGGUGUUCCCUGUUUGGAGUCUGAACUGCCUUCUUGUCCAUCACCAGCACCUCUCAGGCGUUCACAGAGGACACCCAAGCCACGAGUUGUAUUGGACUUAUGAACACUGUUAUUAGUUCAUGACAUUUAUAUUUUUUGUAUCCUUUGUUAUAAAACUUUGUUAUAAGACUUUAUUGGGGGGAUAUGUUGUGUAUUGGGCCCCCUGUGUAAUUCCCAUGCUGCCCCGCGGUAGUGUUUUGGUUUUGGGCACAAUAAAUCAUGGCGGACCUAGCCACGAGGUUUACUUUUCUGUCUUACUAGUAGCCUGAUACAGGUCAUA